CCGCUACAGGAGGUGGGUGGGGCGUGCACGAUUGCCAGGCAGCGGCUUUGAAGCAGAUGGCGGCGGCGGCGGGAAGCGGAUUACUGAAUUGGCCGGAGGGGAGGAGGGGAUAACCGGGGGAUUCACAUUAGCCGAAGCCGAGGACCAAAAGCUAAUUCCCCAAAAGGCUCAUUGCAAAUCAACUGUACGGGGGAUAUGAACACAUUUGCACAGGGAGAAAAAGAACGAGGCUGUAGGCCGUGAAGCCUCGGGGUAGAGUGGACACCCGACCCUGGAAAGCCUUGGGGGGAGGGACUGAAGGUUUGCGCUGGAACGAGGAUCCCGGUUUCAGAAUGGAUUACCAGUAGAAACCCAGUUCGUUGUAAAAUAGUAGGGACGUGGGAGACACAAUCUGAAUGUGGGUAUCGCCGGUUUUAUAUCUUUUAACAUCUCGAGAAUGAGUGGCAGUAAGUAGUCCGUCACACACUGACUGAACUUCACAAACGCCGUGGACCAAUGUGAGAUUUAUUUCACAAGCAGUCUGCGAAGGUUUGAUAUCCGCUGUGAUCUGCCAAGUUUGCUAGUCGUCUUUGCAUUUCAGCAGGCGCUGUGUUACCGGUACUAGUGCCCCAUGAUGAGGAAGUGCACCCUAGGACCGACAUCCCUAGGAGGAUGUAACUUUCUGUUUCUUUUCUAGUAAAAUGGCUGCAAUUGUGUUCGGUUCAGCAUGUUCUGUAUUUAGCUAGUACUAGUAAUAAUAGCGGCAUAUUUCACUGUGCUUUAUUUUAUUUUAAGCAAAAGGACACGAACAUACAAAUAUUUAGUAGGAAAGCACUAAGAAAUGGGAAACACGGUGUCGUGUUGCGUGUCCCCCGGUGGGAGUCCCAAGGUGAGCCGGGCACGCAGGAAGCCGGAGCGUCCGGAUGUCUACCAAGUGGAGGCGGAAUUGUAUGAACCCGAUUCCGGACCCUCUCUGCAGCACAUCAGCGACAGAGAGGUACCCGACGAUUUAGCGCCAGAAUCCAAUCCAUCAGACCACCCGAGGGCAAGUACCAUCUUCCUCAGCAAAUCCCAGACGGAUGUGAGAGAUAAGAGGAAAAGCAAUCCCAUAAACCAUGUGUCCCCUGGGCAGCUCUCCAAGAAAUACAGCUCCUGUUCUACGAUAUUUCUUGAUGACAGCACAGUCAGCCAGCCUAAUUUAAAAAGCACAAUAAAAUGUGUUACUUUAGCAAUAUACUACCACAUAAAGAACAGGGAUUCGGACAGAUCGCUUGAUAUCUUUGAUGAAAAGCUGCAUCCUCUUACGAGGGAAGAGGUGCCUGAAGAUUACUGUAGGAGUGACCCGGAGCAUAAGCACAUCUACCGGUUUGUCAGAACCCUCUUCAGUGCUGCCCAGCUGACAGCGGAGUGUGCAAUAGUAACCCUGGUUUAUCUGGAACGCCUGCUGACGUAUGCAGAGAUUGAUAUUUGUCCCAGUAACUGGAAGAGGAUUGUACUGGGUGCUAUCUUGCUGGCAUCGAAAGUGUGGGAUGACCAGGCAGUAUGGAAUGUGGACUACUGCCAGAUCCUUAAAGACAUCACUGUGGAGGACAUGAAUGAAAUGGAAAGGCAGUUCUUGGAGCUGCUGCAGUUUAACAUUAACGUUCCGGCCAGCGUUUACGCCAAAUAUUACUUUGACCUGCGCUCGCUGGCAGACGACAACCACAUGAACUUCCCCCUGGAGUCCCUCAGCAAGGAGAGGGCCCAGAAGCUGGAGGCAAUCUCCAGGCUGUGUGAGGACAAGUAUAAAGACCUGAGUAAAGUUGCUAUGAGAAGAUCGUUGAGUGCAGAUAAUCUAGUGGGUAUCCGUCGCUCUAACGCAGUGCUGUCCUAGACCCCGAGUGGGACUGCUGCUGCAGAGGAGGCUUUACUGGGAGUCCUUCACCCAGAGAGGAGCAGCGCUCUCGUUAACCCCAUCCACUACAACAAGCACACUCCAGUAAAGAGAAAAUAUAUACAAAUUGAAAGAGGAAAACCGAUGCACACAACUUCGACAGCACACAACUCUGCUGAAAUACCCAGAGGUGCAAAAUAAAAAGGGGUUUGCUUACUAUGUAGGCUAAGAGCUGUGAAAGCUGUCAGUUUUUAAUUGAAAAUCAUUUGCCGAUGGAGUAUUUUAAAUAAACACUAAUCGAGUAAUCUUUUUUUGACUGUUCCCAGAGUUCUAGAGAGCUGUAUCUAAGCUGACGGCUGCAGUACUGUAUGUUCAUAUUCUAAAUGGAAGCACGAUAUUAACAGUUUUGCAGCGUGUGGUUUUUUUUUUCUUUAAGGAUUGUAUGGCAAGAUGGAUGGGGGAGUUCAAAGAUCUCUGAUAUCAGAUUCCUCUGUCCUAUUGAAUACCUCAUUGCAAGAAAACAAUUCUCUGAACCUUUAGAUUUAUACUUGGAGUUAAAAGAAACCAACCAAAACACCUGCUGACAUGGUAUAACAUUUUAUUAGCAAUCGAUAUAACAUGCACCCUGAAGAUUUUCAUUAUUAAUUGAGAUUUGAUGUCCUCUGCCUGUCGUAAGGCAAUUGCAUCAUAUUGCUGUUUUUCUACAUUCAAAAGAAUAAAUAAAAAUAAGGAUGCAUGGUAUAUCAGCGAACAUAAAAUACUUUUAUAUAGUGAUGUAUGUCUUUUUGUUGCUGAUGGUCACAAGCCUUUUACUGACUGAUGUAUCCAUUCCAGUGUGAUUGGCAAAUAACACCUUUGCUCUUAUCAAUAUGACCGCUUUUGUUACUGGUAAGAGCAAACUAUAAAAAUAACAAUUCAAUAGUCUUACCAUAUCUGAUCAUUGGCAGACAGAGCACAGUUGCAAACACAAUACUGUAGCUCAGUGUUGGAUUAAUUAUCAGUAUGUACAGUGCUCCCUCGCUAGAAGGCUCUUGGUUAUAACGCGCCUUGGAUAUAACGCUCCUACAGCAUGUCCCCCAAUUCCCUAUUCUGGUGAUUCAGGCAAUAUUUCUAUAGUAAAUACUUUACCGGUGUUCAAACUAAUAAACAACUUCUCAGUCUAACUUCUGUUUCAGUCUCUCCCUUUUGAUGCAGUAUCUGAACUGAAGAAAAGCUGCGCUGGCACUUUAUAACACAGACAUCUUAUUCAGCAUUCGUUUUAUAACUAAAUAAAUAUUAGGUCUAUUACGUGGUUAUCUUUCCUAAUGUAUUUACUUUUUUGCUGCGAGAAGAGCUGCGGCUUUCUCCAGGAGAUGAGAUGCUUCAGCUUCGCUUCAGCCCUGCUCCGGCAGCUGAACCCGAGUCAAUUCCCUCUUCCUCUCGCCCGACCUGCUCUCCUUGCACUUGGUUUGCUUGUCUGUCGCUUCAAACCGAACUCCCGAUUGCCGUUUAGCCAGGCUAUUUUAUUGUUUAAAAACUGCUAAUUAAAACAAGUGGAAAUGUUACUUUUUUUUUUUUUUUUUUUGGUAAAAAAAAAUAUGGCGUUGGUUAAAUGGUGCUUUAUGCAUGGUUAAUUUACUGGAAGUUACAUUUUUGCUUCACUAUCUGUGCAUGACAGAGAGGGAGUUAUGUUAUUUUGUAUUUGUCAGAUGUGUGUUGUGUCUUGCGGCGCCCCCCACCUCCUCGUUUAUAACGCUCAUAUUGUGUGUCCCCCAAGACCUGCGCUAUAGUGAGGGAGCACUGUAUUCACUUGCUAUAUACGUGACUUACAGGGCAGGCUAAUCUUGUAAUUGGUUCUUAUUUAAACUUCCCAAAGGAGGCUACUAAAAUAGUACUUCCAGGUCAUUUAGAAAAUGUUGUCGCCCUGAGGCAAAGGGCACAGAGUGUUGUAUUGAAACUAUCCAUACAGGUUAGGGUGCUAAUGGUCAAAUAACCCACAACCAUGUCCUUGUCUUGUUUCAUAGAACGUUUUUAUUGAACUUGCAUUUAUAGGUUUCAUUGUGAUUUUUUUUUUUUUUUUUUUUUUUUUUAAUUUUAGUAUUUUAGUAUUUUACAUUAAGAAUCUCUUGAUCCCACCCCACCCAUCCAAGAGCUUACACCAAAAUAAAAUCUUGAAGCUGUUUUUUGGCA